AAGAAGCUUUCGUCGUGAACGGACCUUUUUUGCUCGGGUUUUUUUUCGUUGCGUUCGUUCUCGGGAUUGGUUUGAGAGUUUUCGUGUUUCGGAGAGCGCGCGUAGCGACGAGGAAAAACGCUCGUGUGUGACACUAUCAGGACGAGUUUUUCGUGGAUGAUAUUUUGGAUUUUUUGUUUGCUCCGGGAAAAAUCGCGCGAUUGAUAGUUUUAAUUCGCGCGAAUCAUCAUCGGGCGAGCGCCGAUCAAGUGUGUGUGCGUAAGGGUUUUUCCUGAAGUUUGGUUUCAGUGCUCGAGGAAGAAAUUGCCAAUUGUAUGUGCAGCGCAAGAAAAACGAUGAAAACUAAAUCAGAGAAAUAAGCAGCGGUUCGGUGUGCGAAUCCAGUCAUCCAGAGAAGGAGGGAGGAAAAGUAUGCUGUUUUGGGUGGUGGCGCGCGGAGCGAAACAGAAGAAAGAAGAGAUUAUAAUAAUGAUGGAAAAAUUAAAAUAAAAUGAAAUUAUGAUAAUAGCAGAAAAGCCGAAGAAAAAAUAAACGAAUAAACACAGAAAAAAGCGUCCGAGAGUGCGAGCGACGAGUGCGAGAGGAGAGGAGAACAGCUUAAAAUCCUAUUAGAGAGUCGUCCACAUUGGGGGAUUGCAGGUUGGAGAGUUGGAGGUUUUCGGAGUGUGAUCAACCACCGGAGGUUCUAAGCACGCUACCAUCGUCGAGUUCAGUCCGGCAGACUUCAUCAACCGGGAUGCACCUCUAAUGCCCUCUGCAGCGCGAAGAUAACCCUGAAGGUUCUGGAAGAAGACGUAGAAGAGUUGGAGUUUUUUUACGAUCAUUUGUGCGUCAAGUCUCGGGCCCGGUUAUCUCAAACACAGAUUUCACAAGUGAAGUCAUAGGCGCGCGCAACCAGCAAAAGUGCACUAGAGGCGUAUAAGCGUGUAUAUUGUUUGUAUAAAAUAGUUAUCAUAAAAUUAAAUAUUAAUAAAGGAGCGCGGGCAGAACAAGUGAACAUUAAGGCAGAACUCCCCCCCCCCCAUCUUGGAGUCAAAAAGGGGGGUUGUUAUAAUUGGUGCGGCGCCGCCGUAAGUGUGGGAGAAGUGCUCCAAGGAGUGAAAAAAAUAAGCAAGAAGAGAAAAUCAGUGCAAAGUUAUGAUUUCAUGUGUAUAAUUUUUGAUAAUAAAUUUUUAUUGAGAAAUAUUGUAUUGUAAUCAAAUUCAGAUCGCGCGUUCAGUGCCGUGGAGUGAGUGUGUACAAACAACGACCGACCGAGAGCGCUCUUUCGCCGACGCUGGCGUGCCAGCAUAAACCCAGCCCCAUAAAAGGCACAACGCCGGCAAACUGAAGAAUUAAACAGAUUAAUUAUCGGCCCGGUUAAAUCAGAUUACAUUACACACAGUACGCACAGCAAGUCGGAGCAUUCCGUCGCAAAGCUCAAAGCCCUAUAAUUAUCCAAUAGGCCACCCCACACAGUGCUCAACCCCCCCGUCGUACGGUUCCCCCCAAACUUUGCGAAAAUUUCCGCCCUACUCGACGCCCGCCCGGUUCCACAAAAAUUCUGCAAACUGGAACCAUAUGACGUAAGCACGAUGUACGCGUACGCGCAGGGAGGCUCCCAGGGUCCUCCGCACUACGCGACGGCCGCGUCCAACGCGUACCUACCACCCUCGCACCAUCCGGCCUAUCCGCCGUACCAUGCCGGCCCCUCAACGCCGCCCUCGACGAUAACCUCGUACAACAACGUGGCCGGCCCAUCCUCGCUCCUGGGGCAUCACUAUGGAUCGCCGCACCACCACAUGCCACCGCCACCGCCCCCCAUGGGUUCGGCGGGAUCGGUCGGGUCGGUGGUGUCCCAUACGGCAACCUCGGCGGCGGCAGCUGCAGCAGCGGCAGCGGCGGCGGCGGCCGGAGUGACCCCCAUGCAGACGGAUCCGCAGCUGACGGAGCUGAAUCCGGCGCUCGGUAUUCCCAAGCGGAGAAGAUCUGAUGAGGACAGUGCCAGUGGUAACAAAUACAACAGAAUGGAUGAGGACAACGUUCAAGACAAGGAGCGCUUCGCUAGUAGAGAAAACCACUGCGAGAUCGAGCGGCGGAGGCGAAACAAAAUGACCGCCUACAUCACGGAGCUCUCGGACAUGGUCCCGACCUGCAGUGCCCUCGCCCGGAAGCCGGACAAGCUGACGAUCCUGCGGAUGGCGGUGGCGCACAUGAAGGCGUUACGAGGAACCGGAAAUACCAAUACCGAUGGAUCCUACAAGCCUUCGUUUCUUACCGAUCAGGAGCUGAAGCACCUGAUUCUGGAAGCCGCAGAUGGAUUUCUGUUUGUGGCUGGCUGUGAUACGGGCCGAGUCAUCUACGUGUCCGACUCGGUGACGCCGGUGCUGAACUACACCCAGAACGAGUGGUACAGCGGGAGCUUCUUCGACCACAUCCACCCGGACGACAUCGAGAAGGUGCGGGAGCAGCUGUCGACGCAGGAGCCGGCCAACAGCGGCCGGAUACUGGAUCUCAAGACGGGCACCGUCAAGAAGGAGGGCCACCAAUCAGCAUCAAUGAGAUUAUGCAUGGGCUCGCGAAGAGGCUUCAUCUGCCGGAUGCGGAUCGGUCCGAUGACGCCGGAGACGAUGGCCCUCGGUCACCUGAACCGGUUGCGGCGAAAAAACUCCCUCGGACCCUCGCCGGACGGCCACAACUACGCCGUGAUGCACUGUACCGGCUACAUCAAGAACUGGCCACCGACGGAUAUGUUUCCAGGGGUGACGAUCGACCGGGGCCAGGACGACGACCUGCACAACACGCACUGCUGUCUGGUGGCGAUCGCCCGGCUACAGAUUACCUCCUCGACCACCGCCAACGAUCUGAACGCGAACAACCCGAACGAGUUCAUCUCGCGGCACGCCAUGUGCGGGAAGUUUACCUUUGUGGACCAGCGGGUCAUCGGCGUGCUCGGCUACCAGCCGGUGGAUCUGCUCAACAAGAGCUGCUACGACUUCUUCCACCCGGACGACAUCGCGCACAUGAAGGAGAACUUUGAGCAGGUGAUAAAGCAAAAGGGCCAGAUGUUCUCGGUGAUGUACCGGUUCCGGGCGAAAAACAAGGAGUGGGUGUGGAUGAGGACGCAAGCGUACGCCUUCCUGAAUCCGUACACGGACGACAUCGAGUACGUCGUGUGUACCAACAGUUCGGCCAAGUCCCUCCACACCAGCCACGACACGGUCGGCGCGACCGAUCCCGCCGACACGCCCGUCUCGUACCACCCAGCCGGCGGUCCCGGUGCCCCCGGCCUGGACUACUCGAUGCCAAGUAGACGCGAAGCGACCCCCUCUAGUAGUAUAUACAAUCCUCACAACUUGAUUUCACACUUGCCAUCACAACAACAACAACCGCAACAGCAACAGCCAUCCGCAGCGGCCGCCGUGGCGGCCGCGAAUGCCGCCUCGGCCUCGGCCAUCCAGAGGCCGGACAGUGCGCACAACCCGGUGCAAUAUAGCUACAACCCAACGCCCUCCCCCAUCCAAUACGGUUCUCCUGGGACGCCCGGUGCGUCCGGUUCCCUAGUGCACAUCUCCAAGACGAACAACAACACCUCGCCAACGCCGGCAGCGACCGCAUGGUCGUUACGACAGCCUCAACCCGUUACCGAAGGUUACCAGUACAGUGAGCUCAGCCCGAACCGGUCGCCGACGGGGCCCACGUACACGCAGCUCAGCGCGACCGGCUCGCGCCAAACGUCGACGUACACGCCCACCUCGGCGCAACCUGGAUCCGGCAUCUGGAGCAGUUGGCAGGCGCACCACCCGUCCGCCGCGCCCGAACCGAUGCAAACGAACGCCAACAGUGGCGGCGGCGGCAGCAGCAGUAACAGUUCCGCCGGAACCGCCCCUCCCGUGCACAUGCAGGACAUCCCGCCGGAGCACAUGCAGCACCACCUGGCCGCGUCGGCAGGCCACAGUCAGCAGCACCACGGGGGCCACCCGCACGGCGGCGUGCAUCCCCACCAUCCGCACCACUCGGCCGUGACCGGCGGUCAUCCGCACCAGAUGCACCACCCCCACCACCACCAUCCGCACUCGCACCCCCACGCCGGGCACCAUCCGCACCACCCGGGUCAGCAUCCGGGCCAGGGCCACGAGCUGUCCGACAUGCUGCAGAUGCUGGACCAGAGCGGGGCGACCUCGUUCGAGGAUCUGAACAUUCACAUGUUCAACACGCCGUUCGAAUGAAACUUGCUGUACUACGGGGGCUACAACAACUACAACCAGACGGCGGCGGCGGCCGCUUCGUACCAUCCGGGCGCCGGCAGCUCGUCGUCGUCCGGGGCGGGUAGCUUUGGCGGCGGAGGAGGAGGAGGAGGUGGCGGCGGCGGUUACAUCAAUGAACAAAUGUAAAUAGAGUGAGGGAGGAGGAGGACAAGUGUCACUUUUUUGGCCGGCUUUUAAUUUUUCGACGCAUGCUUGGAUGGGUGCGCGUGGACACCUGUGAAAUCUUGCCGCCAAACACACUCACAAACAAAACUCACCUUUUUAUAUCAAAGUACACGCUCAAUAGAUGUCACCGUCGUCGUCGUCGUCGUCGUCGUUUUUCUCAACCUUUUUGUCACACACACGCUCGCGUAAAACUACUCGAAACUCGUGUUUGGCGGGAGAUUUCAGCGUGGCGCGCGCUUGUCCGAGUAAAAUUUAGAACAUUAUUUUUUAAC